AUGAAAUGUUUAAGCAAAGUUGGCAGUGCACUAGGAAACCCCCUCUAUGCAGAUGAUUGCACAACAUUGUCCGCUAGAAUCUCAUAUGCUAGGUUGCUUGUCGAGAUUGAUGUUAACAGGCCUUUGCCUAGGAGUGUCAAAGUGCAGGAUCCUUGUGGAAGAGUAUUUGAGCAGGUAAUUGAAUAUAAAUGGAAGCCCGAGUAUUGCACAACAUGUCUUCAAGUUGGCCAUAAUUGUAACCAUGUACCAGCUCAAAAACGACCAAUUCAACCAACUCCAAGGAGGACUAUAAGGCCUAAGCAAAUCUGGAGGAGCAGGGAAAAUACAUGUGCAUUAAAUAUUCCCAAAGGAAUUACUGUCCAACCUACAAAUAAAGAGGGCGAACUAAAAAUAGGUGAAGGCAACAACAAAGUACUAACAAAUGAGCAUCAGAAGGAAGAUGGAUGGCAAGUAGUAAGAGGCAAAUCAGCAACUAAGAAUCACAGGGAGGAGAGUUGCUUAGAUACAACCAAUGGGUUUAAACCUCUAAGCGAGCAAAUGAGCAGUAAUGCAGAGCCAGUACUUACAGAGAAAAUCCAGAGUAAUGCUAGCAUGAAAGCAAGAUGUGGAUCGAAAAAGCAUGUGGAUAAGUCUACGAAGCAUAACACAAAUACAACAGGGUCCAUGGAUCAUUAUGGGGGACUUCAACACUAUCUUACAUCAAGAAGACAGAAUGCAUGGUUCACCUGUAAGAAGAUAAAGGAGGUUAGACUACAUCUACAAGAGGUGCAAGAGAAGUUAAGUGCCGACUACCUGAACACCAUGCUAAUGGAGGAAGAAAGGGAAUUAAAAUGUCAAUUGGAGAAAUGGAGUGGUAUUGAGGAAAGCAUAUACAAGCAAAAGUCUAGAAUUCAGUGGCUAAAAAAAGGUGAUUCUAAUACUUCCUACUUCUUUGCCUCCGUGAAGCACAGGUAUUCACAGAAUCACAUCAGGAACCUUAAAAAUGAUCAGGGGGAGAGACUCCAUACUGAAGCUGAGAUAAUAAAGGAAAUAACUGGAUAUUAUGAGAAAUUACUUGGCACAUCAACAAAUACCCUGCCUACCAUUGAUCCUUUUGUACUUAAGGAAGGACCACUGCUAACUAUGGAACAACAAAGAGAGUUGAUUCAGCCAGUAUCAAGGGUUGAAGUGUACCAAGCUUUGAUGGAUAUUGAUGAUAGAAAAGCACCAGGGUGUGAUGGCUUGAAUGUUGUUUUCUUCAAAAAAAAAAAGCAUGGCCUGUGA